CACAUUAAGAUAAGGUGAAUGAAACAUUGAAAGCACAAGGAUUUAUACGAUCACCCAGCCAAUAAAUGUGACUUACGGUGAAUUUCUUCAUUUAAAAAUCCUGCUGAACCUUUAGGUGAACAGAUAUGGAUAUGGAUUACAGGGACACUAAAAAUCUGGCACGUCUUUUGAGUGACUAUGUAGAACAAGCGGUGAAGCUGUCUCGUCUUUAUAACAUAGAAAGUGGCUACACCCAAAGCAAGACAGACGUGGAAAUAAAAAGAGCAGCAGAAUCCCUGAUAAAAGCCCACCGUAAGAAACACAAGGAAACUGAUGUGUCAGCAAUACAAAGUGUUAUAAAAUCAGGAAUAAAACUGAUUAAAGACACAAUCGAAAUGCUGGAAAAUGAUUCAGAUCCCGUCCAACCAUGCUGUUCUAGUGUGACUGGACUGCCCAGACAAUUCACUGAUAUGGAGAGGCAACUUCUUGAGCCUAAAUGGAUACAGCACAACAAAGAUAUGAAUGCACUCUUAAAACACUCAGAAGAAGUGAUAAAAUACCUUGAAAUUCCUAAACUAUUGCGAGAAAUAACCAGCACCAUGGACUUCUCUUCACAAGUUUCCUACAAUGGUUGUAAGACUUGUGCUGACUUACAGGACUCUGUUUGCUGGACACUGAAAACACCUACAGAAGGAGAACAAAUGCAAUUGAAUGUGAGCUCCACAGCAGGGCAGUAUGAGUGUUCAGUGACUGGCCUCCGCUGGUGUUGUGUCAGUGAUGUCAGUUUUGUGUAUCGGAUCAUUGAAUGGGAACACAUCAGUGACCAUCUCAAAUUGAUGAGAUACAAGCCAUGUGGCCCUUUGAUGGACAUCACCAUAACCUCUGGCACACUUGAGGAAGUUCAUCUUCCUCAUUUCCUCUGUGUAGGGGCAGAACCUUCCGUCACAUCCGCAGCAAAAGUCCUGCAUAUAAAGAAAUCGGGGGUGAUUACACUGGAAGAUUGUAAUGUUAACCCCUUUCAUGCCAGACUUCGACUGCCCACCUUCUCAGGCAAUGGUGUUGUUGUGGAAGAAGAUGCAAAUCCACCAGUCCACGCUGAGGUUUUCAUUUAUCACAUAACUGAAAGUACAGCCCAUCUCACCCUCCACAUGUUCCUGAUUCCACAGAGAGAAGACUUAGUGGAGAAAGUGAAAAAUUCACCAUCUUCACAUGGUAAACGAAUCAUUAAGUCUAAUCCAGAGAACAAACCACAAAGUCUUUUGGGUGAAUCUGAGGACAAUUUGCGAUUGAAUAACCAGUACAAACUCAAGAUAAACUGCUCAUCUAACCUAGAAGUUGAACCUGAGGUGAUGAGCUUUAGGGAAACCAGCCCAAAUUUCUUUGAGAUAUAUAUAGAAGAUGCAUAUGAAGACUUUAUGAUUUACACAGUCAGUGCAGAAAAUGAUAAAGUGGUUUGGAAAGCAAAAAUACGGAAAGCGGAAUAUGGCAGAGGUGAUAGAUCCAGCUAUUCCAGCUCAAGUGGUGCUGCGUUUGUGGAGAAGCACAGAACAGACUUGAUCAACAGAGUUUCUCUGGUGGAGCCCAUUGCAGAUGACCUGAAAGCUCUGAUUGGUGAUGAGAAAUAUGCAGUCAUUUUACAACCCCAAGAAACAUCCCAAGAGAAAAUGAGAAAGCUUCUGUCUUUCCUGACAACACCUACACUGAAAGCGAAACUUUACCAAAGCCUUUUAAAAAAUGAGUGCUACCUUGUAGAUGAUUUGGAAAAUUCUGGCUGACUGGAAUACAUAAUCUUCAUCUGUAAGAGCACCUGAGACUGGAUGGCAGAAAUCAUGUUCAGUGAACAUGUGAAGAUUCUUGUGCCUCUAAAGUUUGAAUAGACCAGACCAGCUGGCAUCUCCAGUCAAGAACAAUUCGCCAUGAGCUUUUAAAAACCAUCAUGGGUGUGAAAUGGACUAUGUAUGGUGCUCCAUUAUUUACACAUUCACAAAUUUCCAUAAUUUCAGAAGUACAUUUUAACUAUUCACACAUGAAAGGCCUGUGAUAAAGUCAGCCCAAAUAAAAAUAUUCAAUAUAAUAAACAUUCAUAAACAUUAAGGUAUGUGGUUAAGACUUACAGUAAAGAAACGUUUGUUACACACCAUUACCAGUGAUGAAUAAAUGAGUAUGGCUUAUUUACCAAAGAACGUAUUUAAAUGUUAAACCUGGGCCAUAACCACUACAGACAGUCAGAUUUGUGGUUGAAUGAUAUUGGUUCCUCUUGUUGAUGCUUAAAUUAAAACAUUUGAUCUUCCCAAUACUGAAAACUGUAUAUGGUUGCAUUCUUGCACUGAACAGACCAAUCAGUGAAUUAAUAAAAUAUUCUAUCAAUCAAUUGAUAAAUGAUAACAUUUUCAUUGUAAAUGAUGCACUAAUGAAUAACUAUGACCAUAUAGAAUCACCUUU